AUGAGGCAGCCUGGGCCGACAGUCACCAACAUUGAAUCGAACAGAGCGUACCAUACAAAUCCGGACAUGGGAACAGCCUGGCGCAUCAACAUGACUGUUGGUAGUAUCCUCAAACCAACACACCCUUUGAUGACGGAUGGCCGACUCGGCGAAAUUGUCCAAGUCAUCAUCGACAAAGUUGCCAAAGCUGCCAAACCAACACGCAGACAAAUUGCAAGAGUCUGGUUGUCAAUUUCAUGCGGCAAGUACCGCAAACGGGAGGGUGCGGCUAAAACGAUGAUCAAAAGUAACGAGUCAAAUAACAUCCGACACCGACAGUUCAAUCCCUUUGACAGGCAUCAUUGCUCGGAAGAAAUAUGCGCUGCAAUUAAUUGA